UAAGAUACUGUUCCCAGAGGCCAACGCUUGAUUUUAAUUAACAGACUCUCUCUCUAGAAUGUACGUAUACGUGAGCUGAUGGAUCUAUCUGCUAGCCUUUUGAUUUGGGGUAUCUUUUUCUGUUAUCUUUUACAAUAGGAUUCGAUCUCUCUCUGUGGUUCUUCAUCAAACAGUUGAAGUAACUUAAACCACUUGGGAGUGGCAACCUGUAAAGGAACGUUUCACCUUCUGGGCAAAAAGAAAGUGGGGAAUAAAAUGAGGUAAAAUGCAUGAUUUAGGUGGUGAUCAUGGAAAACUUUGGAUGUCAUUCAAUCAGAGGGAGUCUUGAAGGGAACCUAAGCCAAUGCAAUGUCUUCAAGUAAAAGCCCUAUGCAAGGGCUUAACAAUGAUGGGGCUCAGACUCAAAGCUCUAAUUCUAUAAACAGCAGGCAUAAUAUUGAAGCACCUCUUACACAAAGGAGGUUAAAAGGUGAUGAAAAUUUCAAUUAUUCUGAAGACAGAGAGGCAGUGGAGCUGUAUUCACGAGUGAGAGCACAGAAAGAAGAGAUCCAGAUUCUCCGUAAACAAAUUGCAGCUGCUUAUGUUAGGGAGCUGCAACUGCUGAAUGAAAAAUAUGUGUUGGAAAGGAAGUUUUCUGAUUUGAGAAUGGCAAUUGAUGAGAAGCAAAAUGAAGCUAUUACAUCUGCCUUGAAUGAAUUGGUUCGCAGAAAAGGCGAUCUUGAAGAAAACUUAAAAUUGGCCCAUGAUUUGAAGGUUGUAGAUGAUGAGAGAUAUAUUUUCACGUCAUCCAUGCUUGGCUUACUGGCUGAAUAUGGUGUUUGGCCCCAUGUCAUAAAUGCCUCUGCUGUAUCCAACAGCAUAACGCAUCUGCACAAUCAAUUACAGUCAAAGAUUAGAACUUCACAUGAUAAAAUCAGAGAUUUAGUGGUGGGCUUUCGUAAUGAGAGUGAAUUUCAUGAUAAAGAUAACACUGGUACGGGCAACUUGAUGCGUCAAGCUCCUCAUCAAUCCACGGUACUACUGAAUCAAAAUGGCAUUUCUCCUUCUAAUCACCAUAUAGACGAAUGGCAUUUGGAGCCAACUGAUACAAUGAUGAGAUAUAGACAUGAAAUUGAUGUGGCAAACAAAGCAAGGUUAAUGCUUAAUGGAGAGAUGCAUCAACAGUUAAACAAAAACAAUUUGCCAGAGUUCUCAUUUGAUCCUUCUAGGAAGGUUACUGGUCCUCUCUCCAAUAGUUUAUUUGAUAAAGGUGUCAUGAAUAUGAGAACAGGAGAUAUGACCAAGGACUUGCUGCAUCCUUCCAGCAUACAUGAUGAGAUUGCUUCCUCUGUUUCUGAAGAGGGUCCUGGAAUAGAUGGGUUUCAGAUUAUUGGUGAAGCUACACCUGGAGAAAAACUCCUUGGAUGUGGAUAUCCUGUGCGUGGAACUUCUCUUUGCAUGUUUCAGUGGGUUCGCCAUCUUGAGGAUGGCACUAGGCAAUAUAUUGAAGGAGCCACGAAUCCAGAAUAUGUUGUCACUGCUGAUGAUGUCGAUAAGCUGAUUGCUGUUGAGUGCAUACCAAUGGAUGACCAAGGCCGUCAGGGAGAACUGGUGAGGCUUUUUGCAAAUGAUCAGAACAAAAUAAAAUGUGACCCAGACAUGCACCAGGAGAUUGACUUAUACAUGUCUAAAGGUGAAGCCACAUUUAGUGUUCAGUUGCUGACAGACUCUUCCGACCAUUGGGAAUCAGCAUUUCUAGUUUUGCAACGAUCACGCUAUCAAAUCAAGAGCAUAAGUGAGGAAGUUGAGCUGAUUGCAGAGAAAUUUUCAAAGAAUUUAUCAAUCAAAAUUCCUUCUGGAGUCUCAACACAAUUUGUUUUAACAUGUUCUAGUGGAUCUUCUCAUCCUCUCAAUACAUAUGAUGUUAGGACACGUGAUACUCUUGUGUUGACAAUGAGAAUGUUCCAAAGCAAGGCAUUGGAUGAGAAGAGGAAGGGUAGAGCAUGAAACCACAGGUUUCUCUGAUACUCGGGUAGUGUUUAUAGUAAAAUUCAUUCAUGUUAGAAGAUAAUAAGACAAUAAAUCUGGAGGAAGUUUUGCGCGUAUGAACAAAACAUUUAGAUUGAUUAGAUGUUUGUGUAUUGUAAAAUGUUAUUCCUGUCUUGGUGAAUUUUUCUUCAGUGUUGUCCCUAAUUUAAAAAUUAUCUUGAUAUCACGUGGUGGUCCUCACAAUUUUCAACCUGAGAUCCUCGGUUGUCUUUGUGCCA